GUUUCAGAUCCAUAGAUGACUGCUAGUGGUGAAUGUGCUCCAGCCAGCCUGUCCAGCAAGUGCUUGCCUGGACUGGCACAACGCAACUCGCCCGUCCGGCAUGGUGCACACGCAUGGAUCGCAGCAGCACCACUACUGAGGCGGCGAUGGCUGAGCACUCGCCAGCUGCCUCAAGCUUCUGUUGCUGCUGCUGCUGCCACUACGGCUGCCACAACGAGCGCAAUGGCACAAGCCCAGCCGCCACCACCACCAACACAGCCCCACUUUACUGUCAUUUACAAGGGCGCGGGCAUGCAGAUCUGGCAACUCCUCGCACGCGUCAAAAUCCUCCAUGUUGCCGUCGUGUCGGGACUCGUACUUCCAAUGGCCGCCGUGUGGGCGAUCGAUGCGCAGACACAGGAGGCUUCGUCCGAGACUCUUGAAAAUGCUGCUACAAGCUCUGAUCCACAACUGGCUGCCAAAGUACCGCCACCACCACCACCUCCGCGUGUCACCACGGCGACGCUCGCAAUCGCAGUGGCAAGCGCCGCAGCGACGGGCGGAGUUCUCGUCGGACUGUCGCUUGCGCUGCGCCGCUACGUUGGUGAACUUGCGCUCAAUCUCUCCACGAACGAGAUGCGCGUUGCGACACUGUCGUUCUGGGGCCGGAGGGUCAAUCAGGUGUAUCCAGCGGGAGCGGUCAUCCCGCAGCCGUUUGCCAGCUCGCUCGGUGCACUCACAACCAAGGCCCUGCAUCCCAUGCAGCUGUUUAGCGAAACCCGUCCGUUCCUGCUCAGUGUUCGCUACGGCCGCGUUGUUCAUCCGGGGCUCUUUCUCCAAUUGCUUCGCGGCGAGCUCCCGGCAGCAUCAGAAGCACCAGAAGCAGCAGCAACUACGUUUCCGUCUGCUACGCCCUCAGAUCAGCCCCCACCAGCAUGAUCCAAGCUUCUUGUUUGAUGUGAGCUGCUUUCCUGUCCGCUCGUGUUCGGCUGUACUUCAUUUGCAGUUUUGUAUUUUGUAUCCACUUUCAUUCGUUC